AGUAUUUAGACGAUUUGCAAACAGCAAAUGAUGGUUUUACUACAUCAGUUACUACUCAAUAUAUUAUUAUCCGUCAUGAAACCUCCUAAAAGUACUUGUGCUGUUGACUGUUAACUCGUUUUAGUAUUUAAUCUUAAGUUCUAUAAAAAUGUAUGCAAUAAAAAGGGAAACCGAAGAGGUACUUUGCCACGGAUGCCUCAGUGCAAACCGGAGGCUGUCGCCCUUGACGAAUUACGAAAUGUUCUUCUGUGUCUUAGGAAAUAAACAAACGGUAGAGGAAUACAAAUACCUGAAUAUUCUUCUAUGCUGGGAGUGUCAGGCGCUGCUGCGGCGCGCCCAGGAGUUCCGGAACACUCUGCAGCACGCACAGUACUUGCUGUCAGUGGCUGAUACUGAGCAGGUUUCACCAAAAUGUUUAUCCACACUAACACACACACACAAACAGGAAUAUGACUUAAGCAUAGAAGAAUCCAUAGAGUCCAAAAACGAAGUAACCAUAGACAACACAGAUACACUCAUAAAAGAAGAGAUAGAAGAUAAUUUGGACACAGACAAUUUUGACACUUAUAGUGAUAAUAUUAAAGACGAAAAUGAGUUACUAAUUAUUAAAAAAACAAAGAAAUAUAAAAAAGACACAGAAAAAAGGGAAGUUAAGAAAAUAGAUAACGGAUUGGACUUAAGUAAUCCCGAGAAGUAUUUUAGUGAGAUAUGUCUGAGCGAGAAGGAGGUAGAAGAGAUGUUAGCGAGAGAAAGAGAGGAAGAUGUCUGUCGGCCGCACAAGUGCGAAACCUGCGGGUUUUGGUUUCUGAGCAGAACUCAUAUCUAUGACCAUAAGAAGACUAUGCACAGACAGCGAACGAAACCAGGAAAGUGCCCCCAAUGCGCCUUCCGCUACAAGACCCUGUGGGACUUAGAGCUGCACAGCUGGCGAUCUCACCCAGUCAACCGGUGCUCGCUGUGCGGCCGUGUGGUGGCCAUCCUCGACAAGAAGAAGCAUUUGGCUAUGCACAGGUUUAGAUAUCGGUGCUUGAAGUGUGGAGCUGAUUUUGACAACAAGCAGUGGUACCAGCAUCACGAGAAACAGUUGCACUCCAAGUACAUCUGCGCGCAUUGCGACCGCAACUAUAAUACUAAGAAGGCUUUGGAAAAACAUGUCAUUCGCCACCACCUCCCCGCCUCGUGCCCUAUGUGCGGGCUGCGCUUCCCGGCGCCGGCGCACGAGCGGCUGCGGCGCCACGCGCGCGACGCGCACGAGCGCGCCGGCCCCGCCUACUGUGUGGAGUGUGACCGCACCUUUAUCAACGCGGCCAAGUACAGGCGCCACCUCAGCCAGUCGCAGAGGCAUCGACCGCAGAAGAAAAUCAGGCGCCACCUCAGCCAGUCGCAGAGGCAUCGGCCGCAGAAGAAAAUCAGGUUACUAAUCGUCGUUGAGAAUGCCAAAUCCUGUGACCGCACCUUUAUCAACGCGGCCAAAUACAGGCGCCACCUCAGCCAGUCGCAGAGGCAUCGGCCGCAGAAGAAAAUCAGUGUCCCGUGCCCCGAGUGCGGCAAGGUGUUUUCUCGGAAAAACUACAUGAACAACCAUAUGAAGCUGUUCCACUCCAACCAGUCGCGCCACCACUGCCCUCUCUGCGACAAGUACUUCGUGAACGGCUGGGGGCUCCGCACGCACCACAAAUUCGUUCAUGAGAAAAUCCCGUUACCAAAGACGAAGAUAUGCAGCGUGUGCGGUCGCGGAUUCGGGACAAACCGCGUGCUGGAGAACCACAUGCGCACGCACACGGGCGAGCGGCCGUUCUCGUGCGCGCGCUGUCCCGCCGCCUUCGCGCAGCGCGUCGCGCUCAAGGCGCACCUCGCCGCCAUACACAAGGAAAAGUGACCGAUUCUAUAAGGCCC